UUUGUAACCAUGUUAGUAACACAAGGGUCAGUUACAAUUACCACAUAAAGACACAUACUGGAGAGAAGCCAUAUAAGUGUAAAUUAUGUAGGAAAGAUUUUAUGAUACUUUCAUCGUUGAGACGACAUGAACUAAUCCAUUCUAAGGAGAAACCGUUCAAAUGUGAUAUAUGCAAUAGAGGUUUCAGACAUACUUAUGAUGUAACCAGACACAGACGAUCACAUAAAUUCAAGGUUUAUCCCAACUAGUACAACAGUAUGAGAACUAUGAGGAAGAAGACAAUAUGCAGCAAUUACUCGAUUCUAAUAACCAAAGUGCGCAAAGUUUUGGAGAGGGGACCUUCAAGCGGUUAAAUGCCAUACAGAGAUAUGUGUGUAAUGUUUGUAAUAAAGUCAUGGCAAGAAAGGAUCAUUAUAAUUAUCACAUGAAGACGCAUACUGGUGAAAAGCCACAUAAAUGCAACUUGUGUCAGAAAACGUUCAUUACUGGUGGACAGUUAAAUCGUCAUCACAGAAGUCAUACUGGAGAGAAACAUUAUAAGUGCAACUUAUGUGAAAAACAAUAUGCAUCCUUAACUAACCUUAAAUAUCAUAUAAAGGUGACACAUUAGAAGAAAUCCAUUGUCACAUGAGCCAAUCAUCACACGAGGACUCAUACUGGAGAAAACCAGAAACAUGUGACUACUUUGGCUGAAGAAUUUGAACAAACAUCUAAUUUGAAGAGGCGUUGUAAAUGUAUUCGUUCCUCAAGCUUUUUUGGAUGUGUAUACUUUUUUCUAUUGGACUAACUUCAUGCAUGCUUAAAAUCUGAAGUUGAUGAAUAAAACAAUU